CUUCCACCUUUUAGGUCUCUUCCUGUUGGCAGCCAUUUGGCGUGGAUCAGGUUAUUUUUCUCUACGAGUUUAAUCGUUAGGAAUCCUGAUUGAAAACAACUAAAACAAAUAUGACUGAGCAGAUGACCUUACGUGGAACCCUUAAGGGGCAUGGUGGAUGGGUUACACAAAUCGCUACUAACCCAAUUAAUCAAGAUAAUAUUGUUUCUGCUUCAAGAGACAAAACUCUAAUUCUGUGGCAGUUGACCAAAGAUGAACAGCAUCAGUAUGGUUAUGCCAAGAAAUCCCUGAAGGGACACAACUAUUUUGUGUCAGAUGUGGUUAUGUCAUCAGAUGGAAAUUUUGCUCUUUCGAGUUCCUGGGACAAAACCCUGCGACUCUGGGAUCUUAAUCAAUCCAUGAUGACACGAAGCUUUGUUGGCCAUAAUAGAGAUGUCUUGAGUGUUUCAUUUUCAAGUGACAAUCGUCAGAUUGUAUCCGGCUCCCGUGAUAAAUCCAUCAAACUUUGGAAUACCCUUGGUGUUUGCAAAUACACUAUUACUGAAGAGGGCCACGCAGAUUGGGCAUCUUGUGUCCGUUUUUCUCCUAGCACCACUCACCCUAUCAUUGUGUCCUGUGGCUGGGAUAAAAUUGUAAAGGUGUGGAAUCUUACCAACUGCAAGCUGAAGACUAAUCACCAUGGACAUGCUGGAUUUUUGAACACUGUUACUGUUUCUCCUGAUGGUUCUCUCUGUGCCUCAGGUGGCAAGGACGGUCAAGCAAUGCUGUGGGAUCUUGGAGAGGGCAAGCAUCUAUAUACCUUGGACGGUGGAGAUACUAUCAAUGCUUUGUGUUUCAGCCCUAAUCGCUAUUGGUUGUGUGCUGCAACUGGACCAAGUAUCAAGAUUUGGGAUCUUGAAGGCAAAAAUGUUGUUGAUGAGCUUCGUCCAGAAGUUAUUACCCAAAGUACAAAGUCACAACCCAACUGUAUGUCUUUGGCUUGGUCUGCUGAUGGUCAAACAUUGUUUGCUGGUUACACAGAUAAUAAUAUCCGUGUCUGGCAAGUGUCUACUGCCGCUCGCUGAACAAUUUAAAAUCACCCUAAAAUGUAUGAUAGUGGCUGUUCAGAUUAAUAUCAAUAAAAGGUCUAAAAAAAAGUGGAACUUAU